GCGCCCGAGAUUGAGCCCCAGUUCCCCUGAAGCGUUAGGACCAGGUCAUUAACGCUAGAUGUCACCUGGAACUGUGGGGGACGAGGAGACAGCGACGAGGACUCUAUAAAAAGAGAUUGACUCGGGUAGUUGUGCACUCUGGGAGAACUUGCCUAAAGCUGGAAGGUUGAAACAGCCAGGAGAUUUGGAGAGGAACGGGAGCACCCCGGGGGUGGGGUGAGGUGCAGCUUCAGCUUCCUAGCAGGAGGAGGAGAACCCAGGGCAUCAGAAGGGGGCAGCUUAAGCCUCAGAGGAGGAAGAGGGAGACUUGGGGGACAAGAAAGAGAACCCCAGGGGGCGGGUGCAACUUCACUUAAGCAGACAGAUGAGAGAGAUCCCCAAGGAGAAGGGGGAUCCCAGAAGAGGUUCAGCUUAAGCCCUCAAGGAGGUGGAAUGAGACUCCGAAAGAGAAGGGGUGCAUCCUUAGCCUUAAAAGAGGAGGAGGGACCUCGGAGAGAAGAAAAGGAUUUCAGAGGGGGUGCAACUUAAGCUUCUAAGGGAGAAAGAAAAAGGGACCCAGAGGCUGCUCAGCAUUAGUUUCUGCUUAGUUCUAGGCUACAGUGCAACAAGCAGUCCAACUCCGUCCCCAUUCCUAUUCUGUGUUGUGUAUUUGCUGAGACUGGAGGACUAGGAAAAACCCGAGUGACUCUGGAAGUUGUCCGAGGAGAUUCUACUCCCAGAGAGCGAUGGAGAUGCAGGAACUUGAGACAGAGAGAGACUCUGUAGUUCUAUCCCAGGAAAACAAAAUGAUGGAGAACAGCAGCAGGCUACUCAACUACACCUGGCAGGAUCCCAGCCAGGCGGAGGGAGCCUUAAAACGAUCCGCCUGGGUACCUUUUACUCUUGCCUCCGUCCUCAUCUUUACUAUUGUAGUAGACAUCUUGGGCAACAUCCUGGUCAUCCUUUCUGUGUAUCGGAACAAGAAGCUGAGGAACGCAGGUAAUAUAUUUGUGGUAAGCCUGGCCAUCGCGGACUUGGUAGUGGCAGUCUACCCAUACCCCUUGGUCCUCACAUCUAUAUUUCACAAUGGAUGGAACCUGGGAUACCUGCACUGCCAAAUUAGUGGUUUUCUGAUGGGUCUGAGCGUCAUUGGAUCCAUAUUCAACAUCACUGGCAUUGCUAUUAACCGCUACUGCUAUAUCUGCCAUAGUUUCAAGUAUGACAAGUUGUAUAGUAACAAGAAUUCCUUCUGCUAUGUAGUUAUAAUUUGGCUGUUGACAUUCGUGGCCAUUGUGCCCAAUUUGCUGAUUGGAUCACUCCAGUAUGACCCCAGAGUCUUUUCCUGCACAUUUGCACAGUCUGUCAGCUCCGCAUAUACAAUAAUAAUUGUGACUUUCCAUUUUAUCACCCCCAUCAUCAUUGUUACCUUCUGCUACCUGAGAAUAUGGAUCCUUGUCCUUCAGAUAAAACGAAGGGUGAAAUCUGACAAGCAACCCAAACUGAAACCACAUGACUUCAGGAACUUUGUCACCAUGUUUGUGGUUUUUGUGCUUUUUGCUCUCUGCUGGGGUCCUUUAAACUUUAUAGGUCUUGCAGUGGCUAUUAAUCCCGUCAAGAUCACUCCCAGAAUUCCAGAGUGGUUAUUUGUGUCCAGUUAUUACAUGGCCUACUUCAACAGCUGUCUUAAUGCCAUUGUUUAUGGAUUAUUGAACCGAAAUUUCAGAAAGGAGUACAGAAGAAUUAUAAUGUCCCUUUGCUCAGCAAAAGUAUUCUUUGUGGAUAGCUCUAAUGACAUGCCAGAGAGAAUGAAAAGCAAACCUUCUCCUCUAAUGACCAACAACAACCAAAUAAAAGUGGAUUCUGUGUGAAAAGAGGAACAUUACUGCUCAUGGAUUUGUUUUUCUUCAUGUACACAACCAUAGUUAAAUAUUCUCCAGAGGAGUUGAUUGUUCAUUGAGAAAACCUUUAAGAAUCUGAAUGGCUACAGUAUUUUUAAGCCAAGGCUGAAAAAGUUUCAGACUUGAAAAUGUGCAAUGUCUUACAGUACUUAAAAUGUGUUUUACAGUUAGAAAAAAAGGAGUGUACAGUUCUUCCAAAGUAGUAUUAUUUCAUGUCAUUCCCCAGUUGGUAAAUGGCCAAAGGAUAUAAACAGGCAGUUCUUAAAAGAAAUCAAAGCGAUCUAUAGUCAUAUGAAAAAAGAAGUGCUCUAACAUUGAUUAGAGAAAUACAAAUUACAACUCUUAGGCAUCACUUCACACCUUUGGUUCCAAGAAGCUAUAGCAUGAGCAGAAGUCACACCUCACUAAAACUGUUGUAACAGAAAGGCUAAAUUAAGUCAAGGGUAACUGACAGACUUUCCAAGUAUGUGAAAAAUUCCUCCAGUGGAAUGGGUGGAUGAGAAAGUUUUGUUCCAAUGGCAGCUAAAACAGGUACUGUGGAAUGCUUAGAACUUGGUCAGACAUUAGAGAUGCCAGGGUCAUCCACGGUUUAUGAAUCGUCAUCGGUCAUCCUAACUUUUAUCUUGUCUGAACUUUAAUGAUUCUGGAAGACAGAGACUGCCAACUUUUUGCAACUUUGCCUUACUUAAAGCCAGUUUAAGCACAAGUCAAGACUUCAUCAUAUGUUGUCAUUGGUCCUCUUCAAAAUGAAGGACAAACAACAUUAAUUUGGCUAAUGUAACAGAAGAGGAAAAUGACAAAUGUUGGAGGGGACAUGGGAAAAUUGGGACAGUAAUAUACCGUUGGUGUAACUGUGAACUCCUCCAACCAUUUUGGAGAGCAAUUUGGAACUAUGCCCAAAGGGCUAUGAAACUGUGCAUACCUGUUAACAGAGCAAUACUACUACCAUUAGACCAGGAUCCCAAAGAGAUUUUUUAAAAAAAGGAAAAAGAAAAGGACCUAUAUGUACAAAAAUUUUGUAGCUGCUCUUUUUGUGGUAGCAAAGAAUUGGAAACUGAGGAGAUAUACAUCAAUUGGGGAAUAGCUGAAUAAGUUGCAGUAUAUGAUGUGAUAGAAUACUGUUGUGCUAUAAGAAAUUGUAAGCAAGAUGCUUUCAGAAAAACCUGGGAAGACUUACACAAACUGAUAAGAAAAUGAAGUGAGCAGAUCCAGGAGAAUACUGUACAAAGAUCAUUGUAUAAAGAUCAACUAUGAAUGACUUAGCUAUUUUCAAUAAUACAAAGAUCUAAAAUCAUUCUGAAGGGACUUAUGAUGAAAAAUGCUAUCCACCUUCCUAAAAAGAACUGACAGAGAAUGAAUGCAGAUUGCAGCAUACUUUUCAAAACUUUGUUUUCCUUGUUUUCUUGUUUUUGGUCUCUUUUCUUUUGUAGUAUGUCUAAUACGGAAAUGUGCUUUGAUGACUGCGCAUGUAUAAUCUGUAUCAAAAUUGCUUUUUUUAUCAAGGGGGGAGAAUGGCAGGGAGGGAGAGAAAUUGGAACUUAAAAAUGUUUUAAAUGAAUGUUAAAAUUGUUAUUA